AUGGUCCCUAGAAUUCAGCGAUUUCGCAGAACGUUUCGCAUUCUUCGACUAUUGUCUGGUAGUCUCAACGUCGACAAUGGUCUGAUGUCAGUUUCCAUGCUCAAAACCCCAGUGGAUCACAAUCAACUCGACACUUCACAAUGGUCCCCAGAGAUUUUCGCGUUGGACCCGCAAAGUGUCAACGGCUUUUUCGCCGCACAAUUAUUGAAAUUCGGCAUUCUGGCGCCAAUCGCCACCAAUGUUUUGCUGAUCGGCGUCGCCAGCGGCGGACUUCAGGCGUAUUUGAGUCAAAAAUUCGAGAAGAUGAACGUCACCGGUGUCGACAUCGAUCCGUUGUCGAGAAUUGUUCCACACAAAUGGUUUGGAUAUGUGCCACGUGGAAAUUCGCGAAUUCUCAUCGAGAACGGCGUCGAGUUCGUGAGAAGAGCUUCACGAGAUGGACCCUACUGGCAUGCGAUUCUGCUGGACGCGUGCCACAACGAGCUGAAACGCGGCACACUAACAUGUCCAAUUAUGGAUUUUUUGACAAAUUCGACACUUGAAGCAAUCCAACGAGCAAUCGUUGAGGAUUACGCGAUCUUGCCAAUGAACACUGCAUUCGUCUCAGGACCUCUCAUGCGCCUUUAA